AUGACGACCUCCCCUGCUGAGUCCGUGAGCAGCCAAGCGAUGGAGGGUGGCCAGCCAGGUAAGUGGCACUUGGGACCAGACUUCCCUCUUUCCUGCCUGCCACCCUCUUGGGACACAGCUACAGUCAGCCAGAAUACCAGGGCCCAAGAGAGUAGAAGGCGACUGUGGAUGUCCUCGUGGGAUGUAGAGGAGGCCCUAGAGCAGGUGAAGGGUGUCCUCCUGCCCUUUGUUGCCCCAACGGAGCUAAGAAGGCAUCUUGGCAGAGCUUUGGGAUGUACCAAAAUACGGAGGGAGUCACCCAGCAGCCCAAGUACCAAAGUCCGUUGCAGUAACCCGUGUCGAGGUGUCCCCCAAAUUGCCAAUCCUGAACCACUGAAGAGUGAGGAGAGUAGCGUAAAAUUCACACAAGACAUGCAACUGAAAAGGAAUGCAGAAGAUGGGCUCAGCCCGGCCCCUGGCAAAGCAGGGAGCCCUCUGCUCCUGUGCAAAGUCUGCGGGGACACCAGCAGCGGGAAGCACUAUGGCAUCUACGCUUGCAACGGCUGCAGCGGGUUCUUCAAGCGCAGCGUCCGCAGGAAGCUCAUCUACAGAUGCCAGGCUGGCACAGGGUUGUGCCCAGUGGACAAAGUGCACAGGAACCAAUGCCAAGCCUGUCGGCUGAAGAAAUGCCUCCAAACUGGGAUGAACAAAGACGCUGUGCAGAAUGAACGCCAGCCCCGAAGCACUGCACAGUUGCGACUCGAUGCCUCUGCCCUGGACCCCGAUGGGCCGCCGGGGCACCCGAUGACCACCCAGGAUGUGCCCGCUGCACCCUGCCCUCCUCUGCAGAGCCCCCGAGCCCCCAGCUCCUGCUCCAUAACCGGGGCUUCCAGAUCCCGGGCCCCGACGCCCCCCAGUAAUCACCGUUUCAUGGCCAGCCUGAUGACAGCGGAGACCUGUGCCAAGUUGGAACCCGAAGACGCAGAUGAGAACAUCGAUGUGACAAGCAAUGAGCCGGAGCGCAUGGUGGGAGAGUCCCAGACAUCCCUGUACCCAGCUGCCAGCCCCGAGAGCGUCUACGAAACCUCUGCCCGCCUCCUCUUCAUGGCUGUCAAAUGGGCCAAGAACUUGCCCGUCUUCUCAAACUUGCCCUUCCGAGACCAGGUGAUCUUGCUGGAGGAAGCCUGGAGCGAGCUCUUCCUUCUCUGCACCAUCCAGUGGUCACUGCCCUUGGAAAGCUGCCCGCUGCUCUCCGUCUCAGAGCUGGCCCCAGCCCUCAAUGGCAAGUUGGCAUCCGCCAGUGUGGAUGUCCGCUCCCUGCAGGAAAUAAUCGGGCGCUACAAAGCCCUGGCGGUGGACCCGACUGAAUUUGCUUGCUUGAAAGCGAUCGUGCUCUUCAAACCAGAAACCCGAGGCCUGAAGGAUCCAGAGCAGGUGGAGAAUUUGCAGGAUCAGUCCCAGCUGAUGCUAGGACAACACAGCCAGAUGCAUUACCCCAGCCAGCCCGUCAGAUUCGGGAAGCUCCUGUUGCUUUUGCCUGCUUUGAAGUUUGUUUCUUCGGACCGGAUCGAGCUGCUUUUUUUCCGCAGAACCAUCGGGAACACCCCUAUGGAAAAACUGCUCUGCGACAUGUUCAAAAACUGACCUGCUCCUUUGGAGGGACCGGCCC